AUGGCAAGGGAUUGUACUCGCGGGAAGAACCUAAAUGCGGGUCAAGGUCAGCACCAAGGUCGAGUCUUUGCUUUGAACGCCAAGGAUGCUUCUAAGGUGGAUCCGUUGAUGAGAAGUAUAUGUCUAAUUGGUGAUAAAACAUUAAUUGCAUUGUAUGAUACUGGAGCUUCGCAUUCAUUUAUUUCAUUUGCUAAAGUUGAGGAGUUAAGCUUGAAAGUGUCAGAGUUAGCCUUUGAUUUACAUAUACAUACUCCGCAUCAAACAGUUAUGACUAGGUCAAGGUGUAGGCAAGUACGUUUCAAGCUUGAGGGUAGAGACUUCAUGCAUGAUUUGAUCUGUUUACCAAUGAUUGGGUUGGAGAUGAUAUUGGGGUUUGAUUGGUUGUCGAAGAACCGAGUUUUGUUGGAUUAUUUUGAACGGUCGAUUCAGUUUAUGCCGGAAGGAGAGAAUGGAACGGUGGUAGCUGCGGGGUAUUACUUGAACUCUGUAAUGGUGCACUGUAGUGGGAAGGAGUGUCAGGGUUAUAUCCUGUUGGCUGCUAAUACGUUGGGUGAUGCCCAAAACUUGGAUCAGAUUCCAGUAGUUAAAGACAUUCCAGAGGUAUUCCCAAAAGAUAUCCUUGAGUUUUCACCUCAAAGGGAAAUUGAAUUUGUGAUUGAAUUAGUGCCGGGAGCCAGACCAAUGUCGAUUGCAUCGUAUAGAAUGGCUUCGAUAGAGCUAGCAGAAUUAAAGACUCAGUUGGAAGAGCUUCUGAACAAGAGGUUCAUUCAACCGAGUGUAUCUCCGUGGGGAGCGAAGCUUUAUUAG